AUGAGAUAUUAUGGAAAAAAGGCACAGCUCUUUGAAGAAGUGAGGAAUUUGAGCCCAAAGCUUGAGCACCUGCGUCUUCUGGUGGUGGGACCGGUUGGGGCGGGCAAGUCCACCCUCAUCAACUCCAUUGGUAGCAUCUUCCAGGGUCGUCUUUACCAAGGGGCGCUGGCAGACACUGCCUGUGACACCAGCUUCACCCAGAAGUUGCAGACCCAGAAAAUCAGAGAUGGUGACAGUGAGAAAUUCCUGCCUUUUGUCAUCAGUGACAUCAUGGGACUGGAAGGAAGCGCGUCUGCUGCAGGGGUUCGCGUGGAUGACAUCAUCAUGGUCCUGCAGGGACACGUCAGGGAUGGCUACCGUUUUAUCCACUCAGAACCAAUAAAAACGGAUGACGGAAGCUACCGCCCAAAGCCUACUUUGAACAAGAAGGUCCACUGCGUGGUCUUCAUCUUCCCUGCAGACAAGACGGCCAUGAUGGAACAUGAUGAAGAUGGUAUCAUUGCUAAAAUGCGAGAAGUCAGGAAGGGAGCCGCUGAGCUGAAAAUUCCUCAAGUUGUUGUCAUGACGAUGGUUGAUAAGGCCUGUCCUGAGGUGAGGAGGAACCUGAAGAUGAUCUACCGCAGCAAGAAGAUUGAAGAAAAGAUGCAGGAGUGCUCUAACAAGUUGGGUGUCCCCAUGAACUAUGUGUAUCCGGUGAAGAACUACCAUGAGGAGAUAGAGCUGCGUGAUGACGUUGACGUGCUGCUCCUCUCCGCGUUGAAACCCAUUCUUGCCUUCGCCAAUGACCAUAUGCAAGAACUGGAAAGCAGUCCAAAUUUGUCUAGGCCAAAUUUCUAA